CCACUGUGGGUAUAGGAUGCCCAGUCAAUCGCUAGAGUGUUUACCGCGAGGUUGUCCCGUGUUACUAAUGCCCAAGUUCUAGUGGAAGUUUUUUUUCAUUCAUUUUUUAUUUUUUUUUAAUUUUAUAUUUUGAGUGAAAAAACAUAAGAUAUGGAAGGGGAGACUGCUAAGAAAAUCAAGCAGCGGCGAUAUUCCCUCCAGACGCAACGAGAAUGGAGGUCCUUCCGCCGGUGCCUCUAUAACUUCUCCGAUGAUACGGGCGUUUUAGGGGCAACUCAACAAAAACACGAACAUGGCUCGGCUCCCUCUUCCCCAGCAGUUACCCGGUCAGCUGAGUCGACUCCAUCUAAAUUUAGUUUCUUCAACAAACUUAGCAAGAAGAAAUCCAGCUCUAAGAAAACGCCGAAAGUUGACGAAAGGGACGCCGGGAAUGAAAAUGAAACGCCACAACUGUCCAGGUCGCAGGAAUCCCUCCAGUACGCCUCCGCUGGCUACGUUGAAGUGACACCCCCGUCGAACUCCCCUAGGCCCCGAGUCAGGGCCCAUUCGGGUGAAUCGCCUUACUCGUCGCCUUACCACGAACGGUCCAGAAUCCAUGGUAUCAAUGACGACGGACGUAGGAGAGAGAACACUCUGAAGAUCUGGAUAAUGGAGGUCAAAGGAGUCCCAAGCAAAAAAAGAUACUUCUGUAACCUGCUCUUGGGCAACGAACCGUACAGAAGAACUUUUAGCAAGACCAUGUCUCGUAUGUGCUUCUGGGGUGAAUACUUUGAGCUGGAGUCCAUACCUCAGUUUUGCUCCUUCCGAGUGGACCUCUUGCGGGAGGGAGACAAGAGACCAGGUCACAAGAAGAUAGGAUCCGUGGAAAUUGACCUGCCAUCCGUAAGCUCGUGUCCUACGAAGCUGGUCGACGAAUGGUACGCCGUCAAAGUGGACAACAAACAGGAUCGAGAGAUUCCUACACUCAGGAUCAAGCACAGAUUCCAGUCGUUGGACAUACUCCCUCUGCAACGGUACAACUCGCUGCGGCUCUACUUGAGGGACAAUGCCACGACCCUCUGCAGCAUCUUGGAGCCUCUCCUGUGCGUCAAGGCGAAGGAGGACAUCGCCAGCGCCCUCGUGAACAUCAUGCAGGCAGAGAACUUGGCCAUUCCCUUCCUCGUCAGUCUGAUCUUGACCGACAUCCAGAGAAUGGCUGACAACGAGCACCUCCUCCUGCGUGGAAACAGCAUCGCCACGAAGGCCAUCGAAGCCUACAUGCGACUGGUGGGCGAGUACUACCUGCAGGAGACCCUGUCAGAGCCGAUACAGGCACUCAUAGCCGCUACCGAAGAGCUGGAGGUGGACCCCCUGAGGAUCACGAACAUGGCGUCGCUCCCCGACCACAGGGAGGCUCUCAAGACCUGGGUGUCCAGGGUCUGGCAGAGGAUCACUCAGUCCAGUCAUAAGUUUCCAUUAGAACUCCGCCGGAUCUUCCACUCCCUCCGGAUGCACCUGUCCACUCAGGAGAAGGACGAGGUCACGGACAAGCUCCUGUCAGCCUGCGUCUUCCUCAGGUUCAUCUGCCCAGCCAUUCUCUACCCGUCGCUGUUCAACAUCACACAAGAGUAUCCAGACGAAGCGACAGUGAGGAACUUGACCCUGGUCGCGAAGACGCUGCAGACUUUGGCGAAUUUCACGAGUUUUCGCGGGAAGGAAAACUUCAUGGAAUUCCUCAGCGAUUUCAUCGACAGGGAACAGGAGCAGUGCAGGAACUUUCUCGGCAUCAUAUCAAGUCUGCAUUGCGAGAACGAGAGGCCCAUGGAAUUUGGGGGGCAAAUCGACAUAGGCAGACAGUGUGCGCUGCUUCACCUCCACCUGACUGAUGCACUGGCACAGAUGGAUGGCCCGGUUAAUCAGAAUGAAGCCAGCCAAGUGGUAGCCCUGGUGGAGGGCGUCAACUCCUACCUGGGAACAGACCGGAAAAGGAAGCAGCCGAUCACUUGUCAGAUGUCCCACGCUGCCACCUCACUGCAGCUGUCAAACCAAUCAUAUUUACACGUUUCUUCUCGAGUCAACAACAAUUACAUAGAUGACCAAUCAGAUGCCUUCAUGGAACACCCAUACGAAAAUGAUCUAGAGGAACCAAACCUGACCAUCUUACGAGGAGCCACUCGAAAAUCUUCAUACUCUCCUUCAGGUGGUCCACUUUACCAUCGUCCAAAGAAUCGAGGAACGAAGAGCCUCAGCUACUUCUCCAGGGAAAAGACAGCUGCAACGGAUCUCUCCACCAACGAUGACUACGUUUUCGUGGACGCCAUCAACCAGCACAGCGGGUCUCCUGGUUUUCCAAAUCCAAUGAUGGAAACAAGCAACAACAAUGAAAUCAUCACAAAUGAAGACUGGCCCAAUGGCAAUCACUAUUAUGUGGAAGAGAUGCCUAGGCCCGACUCCAGGCUGCAUGGGAGGGGCUCUCCUGGUCCUCGCCUCAGCCCAGUUCCCCAUCCUAGAUACUCGCAUAACAACAACCAUGGUCGUCUUUACCCAAG